CGCUAGAGGACGCGCGGGUGUGUUGACCUCAGUGAGCACACGGUGUUCUAGAGACUAUCACUCAACAUAAUCGACAAGUGAGCACCAUUACCUCAAAAUAGGUCAAAGUGAGGACAGUACCAUCAUCACCUCACCCACCCAUCAGCAUGAGCGCAGCCAACAUGACGACCAGUGACAACAAUAAAACCAUGGGGGAAAAACCAAAUCAGACCAACCCAGUAGAACAGUAUAUUUUACUGGCUAAACAAGCAAAAGGAGCAGCUGCUGUACAGCUUGUUAAACAGGUGCUGGAGGCUCCAGAGGUCUAUGUCUUUGGUGAACUCCUGGAUAUGCCAAAUAUUACAAAUCUAAAAAAUAAUCCUCAACAUGCACCAUAUUACGAGCUUCUACAACUCUUUGCCUAUGGUGUUUAUGGUGAUUUCAGCAGAGAAUCGUCCAAAUUUCCAACGUUAACUCCAACGAUGCUCACCAAGCUUAGGCAUCUCACAAUUGUCUCCAUGGCUACAGGACAGAAGAGCAUUCCCCUGGUCACCCUUGGCACCCAGCUAGGCCUCACCUCCACCAGAGAGUUAGAAGACCUGAUUAUUGAGGCAAUGUAUACAGAUAUUAUACAUGGCAAACUGGAUCAGAAAAAUGGUAUACUGGAGCUGGACCAUGCCAUUGGCCGGGAUAUCAAACCAGAGGACUUACCAAACAUUGUAGCAACUUUACAGUCUUGGUGCGACACUUGUGAUACCAUGCUCACCAAUAUUGACCAAUUGAUCACCCGUGCUAACUCAGACAAAGAGAAACACUUGAAGCACCGCAAUUCACUAGAAACAGAGGUGUUGAACAUAAAAGCUUCACUUAAGACUCAGGCUCAGGAAGGUGAUGAGGCCCUGGUGUCGGAUUCUCGUGACCAUGACAAAAAACGGCCAGCAAAGAAAGGAAUCCGUGCUUCGUCUUCAAAGUUUUGGCCUAAGAGUUCUUAACAUUCUUGAAUCUCCUAUCCUUGUGAAAGCUUCUUCCGUGUAUUUUCCAAUGGAACAUAUUGGGCGACCAUUAUUGUAUGUAUAAAUUUUGUAAUUGAUCCUCAACUUGGCCAUGGAAUGUGGUGUAUACUGGUAUACAGUAAUUUAUGCUUAGCUCAAUGUAUGUAAUUAAUUUUUUCUACCCUUUAUAAAUAGAUUAUAUUGUCAUCCACUUCAUACAUUUUAAAGUGUGACUAAUGAUGUGAUUUCAUAUGGACUGAUGAUUAUGAUUUCUUAAAAUUUUUUUUUAUCUUGUCUACAAUGCAUCUCAUCUUUAGUAGAGAGGUUCUUGCAGGGGGAAUCCCAUGCCUUCUUGAACCCCCCGCCCCCCUCCCCAGUACAGUAAUUAUUCAUAAUGACCUUCUCCAUGGUAAUUUUAAACAUUAACACUUUCACUGAAGCUAUAAAAGCAAGUGUGCUGUUUACUUUAAAAAAGCCAUGGACAAGAUGACCAUGAAUAUAAUAGGCCUCAGGCUUCCUUCUCAUCAAGACCUCUACCUGGCAUUUUGGCAGUAAGGUUAACAAGUUAUGAAAUAUUGAUUAAAGAUAAGUAUGUCUAUAAAAAAUCUUUUUAAUUACACAAUGUUAAUCGUACUUAAAAAUGUAGUAAAAGAUUGCCAUUAUAAUCUCUUUUAAGGAAGCACUUUACUGUGUUCUAUUGUUAAAAUUGUAUUUAGGAGUUUCCCCCCUUAAAUAAAUAAGUAUCUAA